GUUAUGCUUUCUAAUCCAGUGCUAGAGAAUCCAGUGAAUUUGGAUGCAGCCCGGAUACUGAUGAGCGAUGAAUCUAUGUACAAAUUAUUAGUUCUAAAACUCUGCAACGGGUCAUUACAAUUGGAAGAUAACAGCCUACAGUUAACCAAAGACCCACAUAAAUUUAUCAAAGCAAUUAAAGUAGUCUCAUUUAACGAUUACUACAAGACAUGGUCUGGAAUAGCUACAUCAAAAGCCACAGAAUACUACAGAACUCCAUUGCUUGAAGAUCCAAAUUUCAUUGGACAGUAUUAUAAGUGGAAGAAAAUGGAUCUACAAUAUCCUAAAGAAUGGAAUUUAAAGUAUGCUGCUAUGAAGUCUCGGUUUGCUAGAGAAAAUAGAAUGCCCCACAAAGUCACUCACUCAAUCAAAAGAAUUCAUCUCUGUCCAACUCUAUUUCCCACUACAGAUGAAAUUUCUCCUGAGCAGGAAACUGCAAAGGAUAUUGUCGCAAAGAUUUACGAGUCAGAGGAGGAGUGGGAGAGUGAAUCUUCAUUCUAUGAUGACUUGAGUGAGCCGUGGGAAGAGGAAGUGGAAAGUCUGGUUGCCUGGACCAGCUCUCUCAAUAUGAACACUUUAGAAGAUGAAGCCUAACACUCCAGGAUCUAAAUAACAAACAGCCUCAACCACAGCUCCGCUUCGUGGAGCAACUUCGGAAGGAUCUCAAAUCUUAGAUUUCAUUUUUUUCAAGUUGGUCUCAUCCUCUCCCUGCAAGUACAAAUUAGAAAUAUAAGUGUGAUUCAGUGAA